GACCAGAUUCUCAAUCCUUCAUGCUUUGUGGAAACAGGGAGGCCAUUUUGGAAUACUGUUGUUGUUGGUUGAGAAAUACAUACGGCAAGUUGUGGAAGUUUGGAAUUAACCAGCAGUACACAUGGUUUAAAACCGAGGAUUACAAGGAUGUGUUCAAUGGCAAAACCCCCCCGGUGUCUGAAGAUGAGAAACUGAUCAGUGAACGAGGGAUACUUGGAUUUAUUGCCUUGUGAAUUUGCAUCAGGAGGUUAUACUGACAGGUUCUGUGAAUGCUGCGUGUGGAAACCUUUUGGAUAGAGACUGUUUACUACACUCGUGUUUAGCUGAUUUUUUUUAAUAAGCAUAUUCAUUAAUGCAUAAAUUGACGACAAACGAGAUUUCUAAUUUACUUGCUGAUUAUGGUUAAUCAGAUACUUGCCAUGUGCUGUUUAAUAUAAUAUUAGACAAAUGCAUCUAACAGUGUCUUUGCUCUGCAUGAGGAAAUUAUUUAAAUUUGCCUGUGUAUCUGUUAAUAUUUAGAUCUUUAUGCAUGUUUUAUUCUCUCGAUGCUUACCGAUGUACUGUGUUCAUCCUGUUAACCUGCUUUUAAUUGUCAUAUUGACCUCUGAAUUAAUUUGGGAAAUGGGAUAAUUUGUUUAUCAUUAGGAUCUUUUGGUUGGGGAAAUAUUAAAACAGCUGACAAGGAAAAUGUGUGUAAUUUGUCUUAAACAUAAACUAGAAUUGUCAGGCAUUUUACACGCCUUAAGAAUAUGGUAAAAGAUAGUGGCAUGGAUUAUUGCAGAAGAAAUAAUUUCAAGUUUGCUGAAUUUUAUGGGGUUUAUUUUUGACUCUUAGGUAGGGAUUAAUUUUUCAAUUCUAAUUUUUUCAGAAAUUAUAUUGAUGUCAAAUUGCCAAUAGGCAAUGCAUUUCUGAAAAGAGCAGUCUGCGAGUGGCCUAUCUUAUUUCUGUCAUAAAAUGUUUGGCUUAACCGGAAAUAAUACAGAGCCAGUGUAAUGAAUGACAGUUCUAUUUUGUGAUUGGUUAUCAGCUGUCACUGCUUUCCUGUCCAUUCUCACAAAUUAACAUUUGAAUUUGAUGAAACAUUAACAUGCAAGUUAUUGUUCAUCUAAACUAAUUUCUGCCAUCUGUUUUGUAGAGAUUUAGGAACGAGAAAUUUGAUAAGUAUAAUGAAAAUAAUCCCUUGCAUUCAUCAGCAUUGGCUACUUGCCCAUUUAAGUACUAUGGCCCAUUUAAAGAAAAAGUGGGUUCUAAUAUAAAGUUGUUCAUUUUGAAUCAUCAUUAUACAACAUCACUGAGCUUAAUGUUGCCAAAUGCAUCAGUUAAUGAUUCAUUGUGUUGUAUUCAAGAUAUAGUGCAUUAUUGCUACGCAGAGUUUCAAUAAUGAACUGGGAAGGGGAUGUAGGCUUAGUGGUGGAGCACAUGCUUUGCAGGUAUGAGGCUCCGGGUUCAAUCCCCGGCAUCUCCACUCUUUGGGCGGUCACAGGGCGCAGCAGUAGAUUUGCUGCCUUGUAGCGUCGAGACCCGGGUUCGAUCCUGAGUACGGGUGCUAUCUGUACGGAGUUUGUACAUUCUCCCCAUGACCUACGUGCGUAUUCUCCAAGAUCUUCGAUUUCCUCCCACACUCCAAAAACGUACAGGUUUGUAGGUUUAUUGGCUUGGUUUUUGUAAAAAUUGUCCCAGGUGUGUGUAGGAUAGUGUUAAUGUGUGGGGAUCGCUGGUCGGCGCAGACCCAGUGGGCCGAAGGGCCUGUUUCCGCGAUGUCUCUAAACUAAACCCAAAUGAUUGGCUAGAACAUUAAAUUAGGAUCAUUGUCAUAAAUAUUUGUGGCAGCGGAGGCAUAUCUUGUGAAGCUCUCUGUAUGAGAAGAGGUUUUUCUGGUCCCUAUAAAUGUUCCUGCUCCAUGCUCAAGCUAUUAACAAAGUUGGUUAAAGUGUCUUUCUUUGGCAUUCACUCAGAGGAGAAACUGUUGGAAUCUAUAACCAUGCUAUUGUGACACCACGCUACUCAGCUGAAAGGCUGCCAGAUUUUAAGGUUGGCUAGGUAAAAAUGUAUUUUUCAAAUUGGAGGAAGAAACAACAAAUCGCCAGUAUAGGAAUAAAUCUGUUUGCCUUCCUUUUGAUUAUGGAUAGGUGAUAUGCCUGCUUUAAUGGAUGUAGAAUAACAUGCGUUGGGGUGAAGAGAGGUGAGGAUGUUGUGAUGUAAUCUGUGAAAAUUAAUGAAUUUUCUGACCUCCAGUGCCAGAGAUUGCAUGUUCUCCCUGUGAUGAUGGGUUUUCUUCGGGUACUCCAGUUUUCUUCCACAUCCCAACGACAUGCAUGUUGUAGAACAGUUGAGCAUGGAUUUUUCUCGACUGCACACAUACACUCCUCCUCAAUAUGUGCCAGAGAACACUGGCUAUACUUACGCGCUCAGUUCCAGCUAUUCUGCAGAGGCAGUAGACUUUGAAAGCACACAUAGAUUGCAUCCAGUAUACGAUUCACCAAGAAUGUCUCGACGCAGAUUGCGGCCUGUCAGUACGGAAUAUUACUCUGCAGAAAACUUGCACAAUGAGAGCAUUGGCAGCAAUCACUCUUUUGCAGGCAGUGUUUCAUCCUAUAAAGAAUCUUCAUCGAGAAGUGCAAAACAACAGCAGCAGAAGCACAGAAGCGUAUCCAAGCAGACUGUAUCCGUGUCAUGUACUCCAAGAAAACGCACGAUGGAGUCUUCAGUUAGCGGUCAGAGCAGCAUCCUGAGCUGUGCAAGUGAUGUAUCAAUGAUAUCGACAGUGUUAGAUGAGUCUUCAAUACGGGAAAAAACAGAAUUGGAUCACUUCUGGGGACUGGAUGAGGAUGAUGGAGACAGUAAAGGAGGAAAUACAACUUUGAUACAAGCAAAUGGGGACAUACUAACAGGAGAGAUGCAGAUGGCAAUGUUCAAUGGUUACACCUGCACUGACUGCAGCAUGCUUUCUGAACGAAAAGAUGUUUUGACGGCACACUGUGCCUCUCAUGCAACUACUUCUACCGUGUACUCCAGGAGCAGAAACAAAGACAAAUCAAGAGGAGUGAUGUUCACAAGUCACGCACAUCGACUGGCAAAGUAUGCUGUAUCUACUACUGCCGCUUGGCUUUUACAACUUUAUCAAACAAUAUUGUUGAAGACUGGUUUUUGCUCCCGAAGUACAUCCCAUUCAAGUUACUGUGGACGAAUGAAUGUAAAAGAAUUGAUUACUGGGGAUGGACACCUGCAUAUAAAUGGGGAGUCCUUGUGUGAUGACUGUAAGGGGAUGCAACACGAUACAUAUAAAUCCACUGACAUGGAGUCCACAAAGUACAUGAAGCAUACACAAGUCACACGGACUAUCUGGCUGGUCUUUUCUUAUGCAGGCUCAUUGUUGCUGCAAAUUAUCCAGGCUGUUGGUGCUGUUGCCUGGUUUGUAUCCAGGAAGGUCUUGUCUAUUCUGUGGUUGGCCAUUGUAUCUCCAGGAAAGGCUGCUUCUGGAGCAUUUUGGUGGCUUGGGACUGGAUGGUACCAGCUGAUUACUUUAAUGUCCCUUCUUGAUGUAUUCUUGCUCACCAGGUGUCUUCCCAGAUUACUUAGAUGGCUGUUCUUAUUGAUUCCAUUUCUUCUUCUAUUUGUUGGCCUGUGGUACUAUGGACUGGCAGGCUUGUGGUCAUUGUUGCCAAUCUUCAAUGGAACGGCGUUACAAACAGCACUGCUUUCAAAAGAAAUUGUACCAAAUGUUCAAACAAAUGAGGAGAUUCCAAGUUCUCCACCGAUUACCCUGAAUACUGGACACUCUUUUGAUUGGAGUCGUGUGGCAGAGUUGGAAAAGCAGGUUGCCGUUCUGAAUGGCAAGUGUGAUCAGACCACCCACACUGCAGACGUUCAUUACAGUCAGCUUAUUGGUUUGUUAGAGAAGCUACAGGAGCAGGUCAGAGAGAUGAGCGAUAAAGAGAGAAUCUCCAUCCUCAUCAGAAACUUGAUCAGCCAGCAUUCAAAUGUGCUGCGAGAAGAGAUAAAGUUGGAAACAAGUGAUCAUUCCCAGAACCAGUUUUUAGUUUUGCAGCAGAAGCAUGAGUUACGAAUUGCUGAACUGGAGUUGAUGUUUCAGAGCUUGUCUAACAGAUCAGAGGAGAUGUACAAAGAGGUGGAGUCAACAAAGGAUACAAUGGGAAGCAGCGAGAAAGAGGAACAGUACCAGCACCUUGAAUCUGAACUGAAAAGAUUAGAUAUAGAAUUAUCCACCAUAAGGUCAGAAUUGUCAAGCAUGCAAGAGCUAAAAGCAUCCUGUGCAAAGAUGGAUGGAAUUCAAGGAAGCGUAGACAGUCAGGUCAAAGAAUUGGUCAGUUUGCUGGUUUUUGGGGGCAAGCAAACUUCACCCGAGUCCUUCAAGGAAUGGCUGUCCUCUCAAUUUGCCAGUCACAGUGAACUUCAGAUCCUUUUGAAAGAUUUGGAAAUGAAAAUCCUUACAAAUCUUACUCGACACUGGAUCGAGACAAAACAACUGCCAGAUGCACGGGUAGCUGCUUGUGCAGUGAAUAAUGCUGGGAUCAGUGGCAUUUCAGAGGAGCAAGUACAUGUAAUAGUGGGCAAUGCUUUAAAACUGUACAGUGAAGAUAGAACUGGAAUGGUGGAUUUUGCUUUGGAAUCUGGAGGUGGUAGCAUCUUGAGCACACGUUGUUCUGAAACCUAUGAGACUGCAACGGCCGUGAUGAGUCUUUUUGGAGUUCCACUUUGGUAUUUCUCUCAGUCACCUCGAGUAAUAAUUCAGCCAGAUAUUCAUCCUGGAAACUGCUGGGCAUUCAAAGGAUCCCAAGGUUAUUUGGUUAUUCGGCUUUCUGUGGAGAUCUAUCCUUAUGCUUUCACUCUGGAGCAUGUACCAAAGUCUCUUUCACCAGCGGGCAACAUUAGCAGCGCACCCAAAGAUUUCAGUGUUUACGGUCUAGAGGAUGAGUAUCAAGAGGAAGGUGCAGUUUUUGGAAAAUACACAUAUGACCAGGAUGGAGAAGCAAUACAGACUUUCUUCAUCGGGGAGAAAAGCUUGAAGAAAUACCAAAUAAUUGAACUCCGAAUAUUCUCCAACUGGGGACAUCCGGAGUAUACAUGUCUCUAUCGGUUCAGAGUACAUGGUGACCCUGUGAAUCAGUGAAGUGUCGAUUGUACUCGUAUUGUAAAAAAGAUUGUGUAUAUACUGGAAGGUUCGGGGCUAAUUCUGGACUCUGGAAUUUGUUCUUGGGAACUAUGGCAUGAAUAACGCAUAUUGUUGAAUCGCCUACUAUCGGACGCUUUCCAAAAACUGCCAGCUGUACUGUUAACGGCUUUGUCAUCUUUUUUAGAGCAUUUCUUUGUCUCAAUUUUAUUUUGGUGAAAGUCUGGUGUUUGUGUCGUGAAACAGCAGUAUCGAAUGCCUUUCUAUUUGGAAAGGGGGUGCGGGGUGGAACUUGUACAGAGCAUUUUUAUUAGAUAUUGGAUAAUGCUUAUUUGUAUAUUGCACAAAAGUCCUUGUAUUUGUAAAAAGGAAGAUUCAGAAGGUAUGAACUUGUAUUAACCAAUAUAAUCAUAUAUUUAACUUUCGGCAUAAAACCUGUGGCCUAUGUAGAAAGACUUGGAAUAUGAAAUGCACUCUUUGUAAACUAUAUGAAACUGGUCAUAUUUCAGCCUGUAAAGUGGAAUUAGGGAUUUGGGGAAAGGAACUUUGUGAAUAAUUAUAUUUAUUUUUCAAGAGCAACACAGGACUUUGUGCAAUGUAUUUUUGUAAAUUUUUUCACACUUUGUCUCGAAGUGUUUUUAUUUUCUUAGCCGUCGCAGAACUGACAAUGCUAUUCGGAUGUUUAAAUAAAGAAUUUAAAUUUUUUUUGAGGCUGCAUGUACUUGAGAUGCGUAAUAAAGAGUAAACUUACUUUUGUGUAAACUUUAUACUUGGAUAUGCUAAAUUUCCAAUAGUUACAAGCUCUUUAGAUGCUGCGUAUCUAAUUUAGGGUCCAGUUUAAGAAUAAACUGAUCAGUAAACUUCAAAGUUAUCAUCUGAGACAUUACUGGAGUGGAAGGUAAAGCAUAAAUACUGAGGAAUAUUUUUCAGGGAUGCAGAAAAAAAACAAGGAAAAUUCAACACAAGCUGAAUGUUCUUGGGCUUUAAGUUCUGCUAUCUUUUUAGUAAUUGUGGAUUAUGUGAAGGUUUAGAAAAUAAUACAACAGUUGAGUGGGUUAGGCCCAUCUUCAGAGGAGUUUGGAAGAAAAAGCAGUGAUAUUAUUGAAUUGUAAAAGAUUAAGAGAGUUUGACAGGAUGGAUGCUGAGAGAAUGUUUCCGUCAUGGGAAACGAAGACUAGGAGGAAAACUUUCUCAAUAAGCAGUUGCCUUUUUAAGAGUGAAAUGUGGAAGAAUUUCUUGAGGUUUGUGAAUCUAGAAUUUCCCUACAAAAGAGAGCUGUAAAAGUUGAGUCAUUGAAUAUAUUCAGGACUGAAAUAGAUUUUAGUUCUCUCCGGAGAUGAAAUUAAGCAGGAAAGUUGAAUUAAGGUCAAGAAUGUGUCAACCGUGAAUAGCGAAGAAGAUUUGAGAGCCUAAAUAGCCCAUGCAUGCUCCUAUUGGUAUUAACACAAAGUGCUGGAGGAACUCAGCAAGUCAGGCAGCAUCUCUGGAGGGAAUGGACAGGCAACCCAGAACGUUGUCUAUCCAUUUCCCUCCACAGAUGCUGCCUGACCUGCUGUGCCCCUCCAGCACUUUGUGUUUGGCUUGAGAUUCCAGCAUCUAGUUUCCAGUGUCUCUUAUUUGUAAUGGUCUUUCCACAAUGUCUGCAUUGGAAGAUACUGCAGUUGACAAUGUUUUGAUCAGAAUCGUGCAGCAAAUCAGAUUGAGCUUGAGUACAACGGUUGUGUAGCGCACACGGAUAACCUCGAUGGGAAAAUGGCAUGGAGGGUACAAGAAUCAUUGAGUAAAUAGGUUAGGAACCACCAAAUUGGAAUUAUUUCCGCAUCGUGAGUUGGUAUGCUUUAAAGACCUAUGUACUCUUUUGUGAUGACCAAAGUACAUGUUAGAUGCAGUGUAUCAAUUAUUUAUCCACUGAAAGCACUACAAAAACCUGCACAGGGAAAGUGGAUGGCACCAAUGACCAUGCCACUGUUGGAAAAUUGUGACAACAAACUUGUUCUAGAAUAAAUAAGACGUUUGCCCUUCUUGAAGCGCUACUGACUACUGAGUGGUUGCAUGGGUUGUGGCUGCCCCUUGGUGCUGCACCCAAUUGGCCAUUAUUUGUAUGGAGUGAUUGGAGAAGUUGGGAUUUUUCUUGAGGUGAGACAGUAGAGAUUUAAUGGAAUGAUCAAAAGUGAGGGCUUUUGACAAAGGGAAACAGUUUCCUGUUUUGGGACAGUAACCAAAAGAUACCGAUGAAUGAUUAGCAAAAGAACCACGGAUAAGUUUACGUAAAUCAGUGUAAUGCAUUGACAGAAUGCACUGCCAGAAGGGUGUAGCUAAAUCUGAUUCUGUAAUAACAUACAAAAUGUUACAAAAGUAGUAAUUUAAAAGUGCAAGGCUAUGUGGAAAAGUGGAAUUAAUUGGAUACCUUGGAUCAGAAGUUGACACAAACAUGGAGAUCUAUGUAGCUGCUUUCUGUACAGAAUGUAUUCUGAUUGUAUGUAUCAGCCAGAACGAGGAGGGAACCAAUCUCCCCAGCUGCUUCAUAAAAAAAGCUUCCAUGCUUUCUAAUUGGAUUUAAGGGGCAGAAACACUGGGUGCUUUUUCUGGGCUGACAAUUUUGUACUUCCCUUGCUUGGGCCAGCUAAGUGGGGUGUUAUAUCUAGCAUCUUAAUGCCUAGUUUAAUGUUUUCCAGGAGAGUCAUUACAAAGCAAUCAAGUGAGCACAAUUUUACUCGUAUUUUGAUUAUGUUGUUAAAUACUUAGACCAGGCAGAGAGAUAGCAGUUACUUUGGAAGUUGUACAUUCCUAUGUUCCGGAAACCAGCUUUGACCAAAAUUUGCUUCCUUGAGAUGCGUGGAUUUCUCUCCAUUUCUAUGGAAAAACAUUGGGACCUGAUGGAGGAUUUGAGACAAAAACUUGGAUUCUAGUUUAUGCUUUACUGCAUAGUGUUGUGAUUUAAAUGCAAGCACUACUGAACGUUUAACAGUCCACUUUUAGAUCCUUGAAUGUGUUGUUACCUAAUGAAAUAAAACUGAUGCUAUUUGCCUAAGAUUUGUACAGGAAUAUAUAAUCACAGCCAAAUGUUAUCUCUUGAUUGUUGGUUACAAUGAAACUUGCUGGUGGGAUGUACUUAAUGUUAUUUGAUGUGAAAACUAUUUACUGCCGCUGAAAUUGAACCUGUGGUUGAGGUGGCUUGUGCGCAGAGAACUGCAAUUCCAGCACUAGGUGAAAGGAAACUGGUACUCUUGGUUAUUUCAAUCAAUCUGACCAUUGGUGUUCAGGCAAUGAGCUGAUGUUCCUGCCCAAGAGAAAUGGACAGCUGCAAAUUGAUACCUCAAACAUCUCCGCAAGGUAUUCUGUACGUUUCUAAAUGUUUCUAAACAAUUUCCGAUUGUUGCUGCAAGUACUGACAAGUAUUUGGGGAUUCUCCUUUUUGGAAUGCAACACAUCGAAGAAAUCACGACCUUCCAAGCAAGGAACAAAUCGGGAGACGACACGCCCUCAUUCAGAUAUGCCUCUAAGUUCUCUGAGCAGCGUUGUGCUCGUAAGCAUCUGGCAAGGAAUAAUUUGUUGGCAUCUUGGGGGCUGUUGAGAUAAGAAUGAGCUGAAUUUCCCUGAUUCUGAAUGAGGAAUAUCUGCCCUUCAACGUGCAGUUGAUGAAAGUUGGCUUGGGCCCAAAUCUUGACAUCUCCAUUUUCUAAAGCUGUUUAUUACUGGACUUGAUAAAUCUGGACUGUUGUGUGCUGCCACCUUUUGGACUACCAUGAUAUCAGCUCCAUUAAACAGACCUUGCAGGAGGAAGAUGGAAAGAAUAGUGACAGAAUCACCUGUGGUCAUGAUGAGUCUCGGAUCUGUGAUGAAGUUUAAUUAAGUUUGAAGGUUUUAUAAAUCUAUAUUGUUGCCUGGU